AUGGCCGACAGUGGGAUAAAGGAGCACAUAUCUGACCUCCGGGACGCCGACCCGAAGUUGUCCUUGACUGGCAAUAUCAUAUCGGCUACGUUCAAUGGCCCUCACUCGCUUUCCUACUGCAAGGAUGGCCAAUGGGACCUCAAAUCACGCAGCGGCCAAUCCGCUCUCGUCGACUCGUUCACUCAUCUCUCUUCCGAUGAAAGCCCCUGGAACCACACCGUCGUGGCCUGGACUGGAGAGAUUGACCCUCCCAAGGAAAUGUACUCUCAGUCCGCGUCCUUCCUCGCCCCCGAGUCCCCUCUCCCGACAACCUUCGGCGCCUCAUCCCUCAACCCCCUCUCGGCUCCCGUGCCCAUCGAUGCCACCACUCGCCUGCCUACCCCGCCAAUGAUCGACGGCCUCUGGAUCCCUAAGGAGGACCAGAAGCGUCUCGAGAGUCAGCUCGCCCAGAGCAAGACGGUCCGCACAGUCCCCGUAUGGCUCUGCGACGAGGAUGAGACAAACGACGAGGGUAUCACCCUCAGGGACCAGGGCAGGUGGCGCCGUUACGCCGAGCAUGACAUAUACACUCUCCUUCACUACAAGCAGCAGGAACCGUCUGACGGCCGAAGAGAGCGGGUCCAGUGGUCAGACUACUACCGCAUGAAUCAAAAGUUUGCCAACCGCAUCCUCGAGAUUUACAAGCCCGGAGACCUCGUCAUUGUCCACGACUACUACCUCAUGCUGCUGCCCAGCAUGCUGCGCCAGCGCGUGCCCAGCAUGUAUAUUUCCUACUUUUGCCACGCCCCCUUUCCCAGUAGCGAGUUCCUCCGCUGCCUGCCCAGGCGCAAGGAGGUGCUACAAGGCAUACUUGGCGCCAACCUUGUCGGCUUCCAGUCCGAGGGUUACUCGUAUCACUUCCUCAGCUGCUGCACACGCAUCCUGGGCUUCACCGCUGAUAAAUACGGCGUCAACGCCUACGGAACUAGGGUUCAGGUCGGCGUCUUCCCCAUUGGCAUCGAUGCUUCCAAGACGGAGGCGGCUGCCUGGAAUGACGCCGUCAACGCCAAGUAUGACGCCUUCAAGGCCCUAUACCAGGACAAGAAGAUCAUUGUCGGCCGUGACCGUCUCGACAGUGUGCGCGGUGUGGCUCAGAAGCUGCAGGCCUUUGAACGCUUCCUCGAGCUCUAUCCCGAGUGGCGCGAAAAGGUGGUCAUGGUCCAGGUCACGACGCCCACCCUCGUCGAGGCCGAAAAGGGUGAUCCCGAGGCUAAGGUGACCAGCCGCGUCAACGAGCUUGUCAUGAAGAUUAACGGCCAGUACGGCAGCCUGGGGUUCACGCCUGUCCAUCAUUACCCGCGCUACCUCGACCAGGAUGAGUACUUUGCCCUGCUCCGCGCGGGCGACAUUGGCCUCAUCACGUCGGUCCGUGACGGCAUGAACACAACCAGCCUCGAGUACAUUGUCUGCCAAAAAGAAGCCCACGGUCCUUUGAUUCUCUCAGAGUUUAGUGGCACGGCCGAAAGUCUCGGAGACGCCAUCCAUAUCAACCCGUGGGAUGUCUCGGGCGUUGCCCAGAAGAUCAACUCGGCCCUGACUAUGGCCUAUGACAGUCGCAAGAGCAUGCAGACGAAGCUUUACGAGCAUGUCACUACGCACAAUGUCAAGUCGUGGAUCAACAAGAUGAUAUACAAGUUCCACAGCGUCCUCAGCGAGAACAACUCCGUGGCCACGCCGCUCCUUGACCGGGAGCUCAUGCUCAGCACCUACACGGCAUCGGGGAAGCGCAUCUUCAUGUUUGACUACGACGGGACCCUGACGCCCAUUGUCAACACGCCGAGCGCGGCCGUACCGUCGGAGCGUAUCCUGUACGCCCUCAACGUCCUGGCCAAGGACCCCAAGAAUCUUGUCUGGAUAAUUUCUGGCAGGGACCAGGAGUUCCUCAAGCAGCACCUCGGUCACAUUACCAACCUCGGAUUCUCGGCCGAGCACGGCAGCUUUGUCAAGCUACCCGGGUCAGACGAGUGGGAGAAUCUUGCCGAAAAGUUUGACAUGUCGUGGCAAGAUGAGGUGAUCAAGAUUUUCGAACACCACACGGACUUGGUUCCUGGCUCCGUCAUCGAACGCAAGCGUAGUGCCCUGACAUGGCACUACCGCCAGGCCCUCGAUUCCAAGCUGGGUGCCGACACGGCAAACGAGGUGCUGCGUAUCAUUUCCAAGGAGGUCGGCAGCAAGUGGGAGGUCGAGGUGAUGCCCGGCAAGGCCAACGUCGAGGUCCGACCGACCUUUAUCAAUAAGGGCGAGAUUGUGAAGCGCCUCGUCGACAUGUACCACACGCCCAACACUACCGAUACGGGGAGCAGCGAGGGAGCAGUCGAGUUUGUCCUCUGCAUGGGCGACGACUUUACCGACGAAGACAUGUUCCGCAGCCUCAACGGCGUUUGCGGAACGCUCCUGGACCCGAACCACGUCUUCACCGUCACAGUCGGCGCCAGCACUAAGGUGACGUUGGCAAAGUGGCACCUGCUGGACCCGCAGGACGUGAUUGACUGCGUGGCCUUGCUCGCCGGCGUAGGACAGGAAUUGAAACCAGUCAGCGAGGUCAAUCUGGCUGCUCUUAGUGCGGUUGAGGGUCAUGUACCCACCAGGUUGAUCUGA